GUGGAGGCAAAGGGCUCGACAUUACAGCACCACUACUGGUGUUCUCGUUGUGUCUCAUUUAAUAAUAACUCCCAAAAACCAUUAAACCUAAUCUUAAAGUCAAUUUUAUUAUCUCUAUCACUGAUUAUAUAUUUGUUAUACAAAAAUAUGGCAAACAAUACAAACAACACAAUGAAUAUAUCGGUGCCUUUGGAGGCGUUUAAGACGGAUGUGAACAACACUUAUAGCAAUAAAUACAAGAAGAUCGCCUCCUGGACUCUCUUUUACUGUGCCUUCACUUAUGGACUCACCACUUAUAUUAUUGGUCCGGCUUUGAAUGAUAUGACCAUUAAAUUAAACACAACUACAGACAACAUAACACUUGUACUAGGAUGUUUGCUUGCUGGAUACACUCUGGGAGCUAUAAUUAUUGGAAUAAUUUUCAACUUUAUAAACCGUCAAUUGGUGUUAAUAUGUCUGCUGGUCAUUAUGGCCGGUGCCGUCUCAUUGGCCCCAAACGUACCCAAAUUAUGGAUGCUUUUGGUCGACGGAUUAGUUUGUGGUUUUGGUGCCGGAGGUUUCGAUACGGCACAAGUGGUUUGGCUAAUAGAGCUGUGGGGCGACAAAUCCAGUCAAUAUUUGCAAGGAAUGCAAUUUUUCAACGCUUUGGGAACCGUUAUAUCACCGCUAAUGACCGCACCUUAUUUGGCCACAAAGAUUGAGCAGAAAAACAAAACACAAUCCAUAACCGCGUAUAACAUCACUAGUUAUUUAACGUCAAAUUCAAGCCAUAGUUUACAUAUUCAUAACAAUAACGACGAAACAAAAGAUGUGGACAUUUAUACGAAAUCUCAAAUCGAAAUACCCUUCGGAAUCGUUGGCGCACUUCUGCUCACAUCUGCUCUGCUUUUGUUAAUUUUACAUUUUUAUAGACGAUAUACACCUCCGGUCGAUGAAAACGACCAGUUUGUGUGCAAAUGUCCGGAGAGAUUGACUUUGAUUUACAUAAUACUCGGCGUAUUCACAAUCGCGCCGUACGUAGGGAUGGAAGUAAUGAACUUUCAAUUGAUCGCAACGUUUGCCAAGUAUUCACACCUCCAGCUGUCGGGCAGCGACGCCGCACUCGUCCAGACCGUAAUGGCCGCCGCUUUCGCACUCUUUCGCGGCAUUUCCAUUGGAAACGUAGUGACCAUAUUGUUUGAAGUGAAUGGAUAUUCCCAUACAGUGCUAUUCAUUGGUGUGAUUGUGACGGGAAUUGGCUUUUCAACAGUGUUUGCGUCGGUUUACGCUUUUCUCGAGAAACAUAUCGCCAUCAGUAACGCCGUCGGGGGUCUACUCGUGUGCACCUGUGGUCUAAUGGGCGGACUUCUGCCCACA